GUUGUGCGUUUUUACGCGUGUACUCAACUACACAUAACUCAGUUUCCAUAUUUACCAAAUGUAAGGCAAGUGGUUUCCAUAUUUAGCUGAAAGCUAUUGGCUAAGACACGUAGUGACUACAAUAUAUAAUAAUACUAAUAAUUAUGUGUCAAUUUAUGCGCGAUUAAUGACACUGGUAUUGUAGUAACAUUGUGCAUACAUUUUUAGGACUACAUACUUAUACAAAAUUACUAUAGAUUGUACAUUUCCAGAACCAUUAUGCAUAUAGCCAUUUAAUUUCAAGUCAUUUCAAGCUACAAUCUUGGACAAAACCCUUGAGACAAUUCCAGCCAAUAUUACAAAGUUAUUGAACGUCAUUGACAAAACAAACUUUCUCCCCCCCCAGUUCAAUGCCGAAACAACUUUUGGUAAGAUACCAUGACACAAGCUCAACAUUGAGUUGUGGGAGCGGGGGCUUAAGAAGGGUAACAUGAUUCAACAUGGAGUUUACCAUAAAAAUAUGUGAAUUUUCUAUAGGGGGAAAAUAGUCUCAACCAGUUAUGUCCAAGAUUGUAGCAUUGCCAGUAGACCCAUGUGCACCAUAGCGUACCUAUUUUUAUCACAUUGUCGGCAUUAAAAGAGCGUGUCCUUGUACACACUUUGUGUCCUUGUAAAAGGCGAAUGUGCCCUUGUAAAUUGAAAAGUGUGUACUUGAAAAUAUAUUAAACAGAAAAUAUAUUAAUGUAAUCCACGCGAAAUGGCCAAAUAUUUUCCAAAUUCUGUUCUCAGAACACUGGAAAUGCCAUUUCAGAGACCCCCUUAAAAGCUCGCGUCUUCGACACUAAACUUGUGGCUUGGCCACUCGUUCUCGUGAGUCUGCGCAUUUAUACCAAAAAUACGCCUCUGAAGGCAAAGUGUGUCCUUGUAAAAUUUCCGUAUUUUAAUGCCUGCACAUAGCCCGCGUGCAGGCCCAAGGGAACUGAUAGUGGGCCUGCAAGCAAGGCCCGGUAUUUUGUACUUUCCGCGUUCGCCCACGAACGCGGCAUUCUGAUUGGCUGUUUGCUGUUGGAUUCUAUAAUUAGGUCAGUGAUUCAUCACAAAGGCUCUCGAUACUCUCUCGAUAAGCUUAAAAUUCGAAAAUUGAUCACUUUUUUCGAUUACAAAUGGAACAAGAACAGACUGUUUAUUGUUUACUUGAAGGAAGAGAUGUUUUUGUCGUUAUUCCAAUGGGGAUAGCUUGUCGUGAGGUGUUGGAAUAGCAACAUUACGACUGAGGUAAACUAUGUUUACUGAGUUUCAUUAAUUUCAAACAGACUUGAUACGUUAUAUGUUUCUCAAGAAAAUGAUCUUUUGGUUGAUGUUGAGAUGCAGUUGCAUGUAAGCCUAUUCGAAACACUUUGCGAUUUACAAGGCUUCGCUGAGAGAGCGAAACAGAAGACGGUACUAAAUUGCCGUUUGAAACGAAACGAUCUGGACUCUGAACGCUCUCUUCUUUUGUAGAGUUCUUUACCAAAUGAAAUAACUGAAAUAAAUUUCGUACUUUCCACCGCCAACAAGUAUUGCACACACGAUCUGAUAAGUGAGGCAAUUUAUUUAUAACAAUGCCAAUGGCGACAGCGAAGCACACAUUAUAAAUGCUAAUGUGGUCGCACGACUUCCCUCACGAUUUGAAGUUUGAGACUGGUUUUCUGUUGAAAUUCGUCCUAAUUUGCCUGUUCCGAUUUUAGUUGAAAAUGAGCACUUGGAAAUUUGGCAAUUACUGACUGCGUUGCUUGCUUUUUUGGAGUUAAAACGCAGCCAUUUACACAUUGUUUAUGUUCUGAAUAAGCAGAGAAAAAACCCCGCAACAUUUUACUGUCGUUCCAAUUAAAGUGUUCCUCAAAUAUUGAUUCAAUACAUUACCUCGGGCUGACCAAUUCAUUUCAUCAAGUUCCUCGAAAUAUUCAUACACUUUCUAGUAUAAUUGUAAACUUCCUGUUGAAUAGUUUGAAUGCACCAAUCACCUUUGUUGUUUGUGCAACUAACCAAUCAUAAAUAGAAAGGAAGUGACCAGAAAUGAUCAAAUACUUGGAAUUGGCUCUUUCACAGGAAGUGUAUGAAUAUCUCGUGGAACUUGAUCAAAUGAAUUGGUCAGCCCGAGGUAAUGUAUUGAAUCAAUAUUUGAGCAACACUUCAAUUGGAACGACAGUAAUGCGAGUUUGUUUGUUAAUAUUUGGGUGCUGUCAUUGGUUCUUUUUUGACAAUUGACGCGCGAGUGGGGCGUGUUAUGAAAAGGGGCGUUUUACAAAAUACCGGGCCUUGCUUGCAGGCCCACUAUCAGUUCCCUUGGGCCUGCACGCGGGCUAUGCCUGCACAUUGUAUAACGCUCUUUAUCGUCUCUAUCAUGGUAACAGUCUAGAGCAGUGGCGUUCGAAGGAGACGCCCAAAACCACAAAAAUAAUUGAGAAUUUUUAAAAAUUUGCGCUGAUCAGCCAAUUAAUAAGAAUAAUCCAUCCUGACUCACGGGCACCAUAGAUUCACAAAUCAUAAUGAAAGAAUUGAUGAAAUGGCUUAACGAAAGAGGUAGAGAAGACUCUGAGAAUGCCAGUUCCGACAAUGUAGAGACUUAACAUUUUCCCAACUAUUUAUAAACUUUACAAUCAACAAGACGAUUGAAGGUACAGACAUCAGGACUGAGGAGUCCCAAAUUAAGUCCUACCUACACAUUACAUUGACAUUGUAAAACAAUAGAGACAGGUUACAAAUUUAACAAAGCUACAAUACAAAAUUACAACACACGAUCAAUGCGUUCCAAACCACCCUUACACUUUCCAAAGUUAAUAUGAACUAGACAUGGACCGCCCAUAUAUUGCAAUCCUUUCUUAUUCCACUAUGGUGUCGCCAACCAUGGUGGUGCCACGUAGAAUUGCCCCUAAGUUGAUCAAGCUUCCAACGCCCGUGGUCUAAAGUAGAGACAUGUGCUUAGCAAAGCUUAUUCAUAGCAUUUGGCUUAUUGCCAUCGUUACAAUCACAAAAAUUUCAUGGCUGUGUAUUAGUACGAAACCCCUUUUAACGUUACACACGAAUAAUUUUGAAAGGAUUCAGAUUCUAAAAAUAGUGUUAUAGCCACUGAGCUGUAUAAUAACUGCUGAGCUGUGUAAUAUAUUAUAGCUCAGUGGUUAUAGCCGGCCACAACCAUUUUUAAUUAUCCAAAUCUUCGGACGCUUGGUACAUCGAAGAGAGUAGAGGGAAUUAGCAGAGGUUCCCUUCUCUUCCUGACAGAAACCGCAGUGAUUGGAAACCUCUGCUCGCAGGGUAAUGGCGGUGAAAUAUUUACUUAGCUACCCCUCGCAGGUCCCCAAAGGCGUGGAGGGCGUGGCACUCAAAAUUUGGUAGCUACGUGAUCAGUGUUCUCCAUGGUUUUCCUCCUGGUGGGAAUCUAGAGGAAUGAGCGUGGGUAUGAAGUUGAUAAUCAUCCAGGCCAUGAUAUUCCGUGAAUGAUCUAAUAAAUGGUAAAUCUCCAAUAAUGCCCCCGUAUCUAAUAGAUACCCCGUCAAACCAUAAUUUCCUAAUAGACGCCCCUCUACACCCUCAUCAAAUAUACAUCCCUUAUAAACCAGCCAAAUUCUACCCUCAGAAUUAUUUCGCGAAAAAAAGUGUAGGUAAAUAUGAGUUUUGAGUAAAAAAAUCCGUUUACUUUAGCCUUAUCUACCAUAUAAUAAAUAAGGCUUGCGCAAUGCUUUCGUACAAACAACCGAUUACCUUGUUAGAAAUAUACUCAACAUAAAACUUAUCGCUUAAAUCUUUCAUCAUAAAAUUAAAUUUAAAAAUUAUUCUCUUAACACUUUCGUAUAUUAAUUAAUUUUAUAAUAUUAGUUUAAGUAAUGCAUUAUUAAGUAGAUAUACAAUACAAAUUUAUAUUAAAAAGACUAAAAAUAAAUUAUAUUUUAAGUCACCGAUCUUUUCUUGUAGUUGUUAAAGGCUCAGUGUCACCUGUUGAGCGAUGUUAUUUAAUUGCUAAAAUUUACUGAUUUCAUUUGAUUUUUUACACGAUAUUCUCAAACUGGGCCAUGUGCGCAUGCUCAACAGUUAAUUUUAGCAAUUAAAUAAGAUCGCUCAACACGUGACACUGAGGCGUUUGCUUCUAGAAUCCUUUCCAUGCAUGGUUAAUUAAAUUCAAUAUUAUAUCUUUUUUAACGUCGCCAGGUUUGAAAAAAUAAUAUAGUUCCUUCUGAUAAAAUUAAAUUAUAAUAAAAAAAAGAUAGAAUGUUUUAAAAUUGUACGCACAUUAAUAUGGCUUUUCUAAUCUGUUUAGACUUGAAGAAUGGGCCUUUUUAUUGGGAACUACAAAUGAAAUUGCUUUACUUGGCAUAAAGUGUUUGUAUGAAUUGCAAGAUGUUGAUAUUAUGAAAUCAGUUUCCAGUAAAUUUCUGGCAAGAGAUGGAAAGCUGGAUUUAAAAAGCCUAAAUAUUGCAGCAGUUGAUUCAGCAGCAUUGUUCACGUUUUUGGGUAACAGCAAGAAUUUAAAAGAACUUGCUUUUUUUGAAUGCAGAAUACAGGACAACUACAACUACCAUUUCAAGUCGUUCAUGGUGAACACUGCAGGUAACAAUAUUACCUCAUUUAUGUGGUAUGAUGGAUAUUUAGAAGAUGUAGCAGUUGAAUAUCUUAGUGAAGCUUUAAAAAGUGAAAAUUGUAAACUUACUGAAUUGAAUCUCGUUGCUAAUGAAAUAACAGAUCAAGGUGUUGAAUAUCUUAGUGAAGCUUUAAAAAGUGAAAAUUGUAAACUUACUGAAUUGAAUCUCGUUGCUAAUGAAAUAACAGAUCAAGGUGUUGAAUAUCUUAGUGAAGCUUUAAAAAGUGAAAAUUGUAAACUUACUGAAUUGAAUCUCGGUGCUAAUCAAAUAACAGAUCAAGGUGUUGAAUAUCUUAGUGAAGCUUUAAAAAGUGAAAAUUGUAAACUUACUGAAUUGAAUCUCGUUGCUAAUGAAAUAACAGAUCAAGGUGUUGAAUAUCUUAGUGAAGCUUUAAAAAGUGAAAAUUGUAAACUUACUAAAUUGAAUCUCUACCGUAAUGAAAUAACAGAUCAAGGUGUUGAAUAUCUUAGUGAAGGUUUAAAAAGUGAAAAUUGUAAACUUACUAAAUUGAAUCUCCAUGGUAAUAAAAUAACACAUCAAGGUGUUGAAUAUCUUAGUGAAGCUUUAAAAAGUGAAAAUUGUAAACUUACUGAAUUGGAUCUCGCGAGUAAUAAAAUAACAGAUCAAGGUGUUGAAUAUCUUAGUGAAGCUUUAAAAAGUAAAAAUUGUAAACUUACUGAAUUGAAUCUCCACGGUAAUGAAAUAACAGAUCAAGGUGUUGAAUAUCUUAGUGAAGGUUUAAAAAGUGAAAAUUGUAAACUUACUAAAUUGAAUCUCCACGGUAAUGAAAUAACAGAUCAAGGUGUUGAAUAUCUUAGUGAAGGUUUAAAAAGUGAAAAUUGUAAACUUACUAAAUUGAAUCUCCACGGUAAUGAAAUAACAGAUCAAGGUGUUGAAUAUCUUAGUGAAGGUUUAAAAAGUGAAAAUUGUAAACUUACUAAAUUGAAUCUCCACGGUAAUGAAAUAACAGAUCAAGGUGUUGAAUAUCUUAGUGAAGGUUUAAAAAGUGAAAAUUGUAAACUUACUAAAUUGAAUCUCCACGGUAAUGAAAUAACAGAUCAAGGUGUUGAAUAUCUUAGUGAAGGUUUAAAAAGUGAAAAUUGUAAACUUACUAAAUUGAAUCUCCACGGUAAUGAAAUAACAGAUCAAGGUGUUGAAUAUCUUAGUGAAGGUUUAAAAAGUGAAAAUUGUAAACUUACUAAAUUGAAUCUCCACGGUAAUGAAAUAACAGAUCAAGGUGUUGAAUAUCUUAGUGAAGGUUUAAAAAGUGAAAAUUGUAAACUUACUAAAUUGAAUCUCGUUGCUAAUGAAAUAACAGAUCAAGGUGUUGAAUAUCUUAGUGAAGCUUUAAAAAGUGAAAAUUGUAAACUUACUAAAUUGAAUCUCUUCGGUAAUGAAAUAACAGAUCAAGGUGUUGAAUAUCUUAGUGAAGCUUUAAAAAGUGAAAAUUGUAAACUUACUAAAUUGAAUCUCGGUCGUAAUAAAAUAGCAGAUCAAGGUGUUGAGUAUCUUAGUGAAGCUUUAAAGAGUGAAAAUUGUAAACUUAUACUAAAUUGA